GAAGCAGACGCUGAAGCGCAGCGGCCAUGGAGUGCCGGCCGGCGCGGGACGGCUCCCUCGCCGCUCCAGAGGCCAGAACAGCCAAGGAAAACCUGAAGCCGUCUCUGCCAGAAAGCCUGGUGCCAAGCAAGAAUUUGAUUAAGCAAGUAAGAAUUGUUCUCACUCCUGUGUCUGCGGCUGUUACUGAAAGAGAAAGCAGCAACAAGCGCUGGCACCAGAAGUCUUUGUUUGAGUACUUUGCCAACUGUGAAGAGAAUUCAGGUGAAGGAUCCAAAGUCCCGAAGGCAUCAAGCCGGCAAACCCAGAAGAAGCUGGCCAUCUCUCCAGUGUCUCCUGCUUCAGUUGUUGGAGGCUUUCUUGUGGAAUCUCCCCUGCGUUCCAGGCCCGGCAGCGACAUGGAGCUCGACGGGAGUGAUGUGGACGCCUCGUGUGUGGAGGAUGAAUCGACACAGCUAUCAGCUUACGAAAGAAAGAGACUGAAAAAUGUAACAGAAAAUGCUAAAUUCUUUGCUUCUUUAAAGCUGUUUGAGUCGGCUACAAGACUUCGUAAAACGACAACCAAAACUCAUCCUCAUAAAGUAAAAAGGGCUAAGCAUGCCAAGGCAGAAACGGAGACGACGCUUCGAAGGUCCAUGCGUUUGCAGCGAGUAGAUCCUCCGGAAGCUUCCCUCAUUGAGAAGCAAAUCCUGUCAGAAUCUUCUAUUGAAAAGCAUCCCGUCUUGCCCCCUGAUCCCAUUCAGAUGAUAUCUGCAGCCCCGGAUCAGAGAAUGGAAGAAUUUCUGAGCGAGUGGACAAAAAUAAGUCAGGUCAAGAACAACCAGACUGAGAUGCCUCUGUGUAACUUGGAAAGUUACAAAGGUAGUCUGCGUAACAUGGUCCUUAGAGAAGAUGCUGUUGCGAAAGUGGUCGAAACCCGGAUUUUCUCGGUGGCUGUCCAUCCGUCUGAAAGCAGCACUUUGGUGGCAGCUGGAGACAAGUGGGGGCACGUUGGCCUUUGGAAUUUGGAUCACCCUUUAGAAGAUGGGGUGCACGCCUUUCUUCCCCAUACCCAGCCAGUUAGCUGCCUGCAUUUUUCUCCUGCAAACCCUGCCCAUCUUCUCUCCCUGAGCUACGACGGUACUUUGCGGUGUGGAGAUGUCACUCGAGCAGUCUUCGACGAGGUGUACAGGAAUGGGGAGUUUGGCCUUUCCUCAUUUGACUUCUUGGCAAGUGAUGCCUCCACAUUGGUAGUUGGGAUAUGGGACGGAGAUGUGGAAGUUGUGGACACCAGGACUCCAGGAACAUCCUGUGAGCUUUCUGCAGAUCUGAAUUCAAUGGUGAGAACUGUCCAUGUUCACCCGAUCGACAGGCAGUAUUUCAUUGCUGCUGGAGCGAGGAAUGUUGGCGUUUAUGAUGUUCGGCACCUGAAGAAAAGUGGCAGUCAGCCUGUGGUCUCUCUCACAGGGCAUUCAAAAACUGUCGCUUCAGCCUAUUUUUCCCCCGUUACUGGCAACCGGGUAGUGACGACUUGUGCUGAUGAUACUUUGAGGAUUUUUGGCACCAAUUGUUUAUCUUCAAUGGCUCCCCUUCUUACAACUAUCAGGCAUGACAACAACACAGGCCGCUGGUUGACAAGGUUCAGAGCUGUAUGGGACCCAAAACGGGACGACUGCUUUGUGGUGGGAAGCAUGUCUCGACCCAGAGAAAUCCAGGCCUUCCAUGCCUCUGGAGAGCUGGUGCAUUCUUUCUCCAACGAAGACUACCUUGGUUCCGUCUGUUCUAUCAAUGUCUGGCACCCUACUAGGUAUAUUGUAGUUGGUGGCAAUAGUAGUGGCCGCCUCCAUGUUUUCAAAGAGUGAAAGCUGUCUGUUACAACCCCACCUUUUCUAGCAAAGAACCAUGUAUGGUUCACGCGUUACUUUUUUUUUUUUACUUGU